AUGAACUUUUUCCUCAUUUUCAUCCGCUCAUUCGCACUGGUGGUCGCUCUGCCGUUUGGAACCGCUUUUGCCUUCAUCGACGACCUUGAGGAACACGGAUAUUACCCUGCCCCUCGACACUACCUCCGCAAUCGUGAUGGUGAGAUAGUUUUCGAGGACUGCUUUGAGUUAACCUGCCACGUGGGUGAUUUCGGAGGCUUCGGAUGCAGAGAGGGUUACUGUGACUACAUCUGUGAGCCGGACGGUUGCUACGAGACGAAACGUCUGAAGAUGUCAGAGGAAAGAUACCAGUCGAGAAGCGAUUUCCUUGGACAGUUGGAAAUCUUUGGCAGGGUGCAUUUUGAUGGCUGUAACGCGAAACACUGUCGUUAUGGGGAGUACGAAGGCUAUGCAUGCAACAAAGGCAUCUGUGGUUACGUUUGCAAGGGAACCAGGUGCAGGAGUCGCUUACAGAAGCUGAGUGAAGAUGAAUACGAUGACUAUGCCGGGGAAGACGAUGAGGAUUAUGACUAUUAG